UCUAUACACUCCUCACUGUUGCUCCUGCGGCUGCAAGAAAAUUUCUCGGCUCUGCUCCUGAUAGUGAGAGUGAGAGAGAGACAAAGACGAUGGCGGAGAUGGCGGCGAUGAUGAGAGGCCAGAGGAUACCGCCGGCGCCGUUCCCGGCAGCAGGGAAGAAGAACAAGCUCCGGAAGCCAUACACGAUCACGCGGCCGCGGGAGAGGUGGACCGACGAGGAGCACGAGCGUUUCCUCCACGCCCUCUACCUGUUCGGCCGUGACUGGAAGAUGAUCGAGGCGUUCGUGUCUACAAAGACGAGCGUGCAGAUCCGCAGCCACGCCCAGAAGCACUUCCUCAAGGCCCAGAAGCUCGGCCUCGGGGAGUGUCUCCCGCCGCCGCUCCACCCUCGCCGCGCCGCCCUCCUCCACCACCAGCCGCCGCCGCUCCACCCUCGCCGCGCCGCCCUCCUCCACCACCAGCCGCCGCCGGUCCACCCCGACGCCGACAUUCUUCUGCCGAGCAUGGACUGUCCAUGCGCGUCGCCUGAGCCUCGUGUCCCGGACAUUCAACACGACAUCGACAUGCUGGUGCCGAACACGGACUGGGCGUAUGCGUCGCCUGAACCUUGCGUCCCGGACCUCCAACACGACGCGCAAGCCGGGGCAUGGCCGGAUCACGGGAGCGCUUCCCAGGACGAAGAAACCAUCGAGCUCCCGUUGUCUCCCGACGACCUGCGCUUCGCCCAGGUCUACCGGUUCGUCGGCGACGUCUUCGCCGCCUCCGACGCGGCUGUCCCGGUGGAGGCGCAUCUUCAGAGGCUGCAGCUGCACGGCGUGGAUCCCCUCGUCCUGGACACGAUCGUGCUGGUGCUACGGAAUCUGGAAGCGAACCUUUGUGCUUAGGAGUUAGGACUUGCCGAUGGCAUGGUGUCUCGCCGUCAGAGAGAACUGGAUGUACUAGCAGUUGUGGGGCUCUAGAGUUUAACAUGUGGAAAACAAUUUCCUAGGAAAUAAUAGGUUUCUAGUUUCAUUGAAUUGAAUUGGUUCAUUUUAUGUAGAAAACUAAUUCUUUGUGUAAAAAGUGGCCAUGCUCCUAUAAAAAGGAAUCUGAAUUGGUGUAAACCAAACCUUUUGAGAA